AUGUUUGCUGCGGACGUCAAAAUAGAGUCCAACGAUGUUAUUGAUGUGACUCAGCUACUUCCUAGUGGUGAUACCAAGGAGGGUGUUGUUCCGAUUGAGCCAACCCGUACUCCUGCUCAGCCAGUUCCACUUCGUUUAAAGAAAUGCUCAACUGCUCACUCUCACUUUCGGCUGGUUCCUCCAUUACCGAAGGAGAACGGACUCGUUCCGAACAAGCCAACUCCUGCACCUGCUCUACGACUUCCGGUCCGUACAAAGAAAUACCCAGCUGCUUACACUCGUCUUCGGCUGAUACCUCCAUCGCCAACGAUUCGUGCUGCCACCUAUUCGGAGCCAAAUAAUUCUGCCAUAAAGAAAUACUCAGCUGCUUGCAAUCGCCUUCAACAGAAGCCUCCUCUGCCAGCGGGUCGCUCUACCACCAGUUCGAAGCCAAAUGAUUCUGCCACCGAUUCGAAACCGAAUCGUUCCAGCACUUUGUCGGGACCAAGUCCUCGCCAGCGCCUGCUGCCCCCCUCACCUCCACCCAUACCGUCUCACAAAUUACCUCCUUAUCCCCACGAAUCUCCGCUAAGAAAAGAACGAAUCCACAGGCCAACCUCCUCGUUUCCUUUAUUCCCAAUUCGACUUGCGCGAGCCGUUGGAGCGCCAGAGGAACUGCCUUCCACGUCCGCUAAGGACGUAGCUCCAGAGGAACUGCCUUCCACUUCUUUCGAUAAUGAAAAAGUACCAGACAUCCAGUCUGACGAUUUUAAAGACUUUGCUUCUCAAUUUGUUACUCCACCUCGCCCACUUUCUUAUAAGCGCAAACGCAAACGCAAAUCAAGUGCAAAUCAACGGUUUCCUGGAACGAGAGAGUUAAGCAUGGUUGGAAAGCACGAUGUCCUACGAUAUACAAUCCCUGGUGGGAAAUACUGCUAUGUAUUCCUAUUCAAAAGAUCAAAUCAUAACCACGACGUGUAUCGAUGUCGAGAUUGCAAGAGGAAGGGAGCUCUUGUCACCGUGAAGGUAAAAAAAUGGAGAGAAAUGCAGCAGAAUUCGCGAUAUGCUUCGACCGGAAACCGAGAUGUGUAUAGAGAAAUCCUGGACGCUUUCGAUGAUGAAACAUUGGGAGAUGCGGAAGAGAGGCAGAAAAUGCGACUGAUAUAUGCGUCUUCAGGCUACAGUAAUAGACGAAUCACAAUAGCGAGGAACCUCAAACGUCUUAGGAUGAUGCAUAAGGAGGCUCUCGCGGAAGCAACGGAUGACGCUAAAGAUUUGCCCUCAGAACAUGUCCAAGCUUCUACUUCUCUCCUCGUCCCGAAUAAAGAAGAACUUGUCCACGAAUCAAAACCCCCUGAACAAGAUAGUACCGACGGAUCCAUGAUUUUAUCAUCAUCCUCAUAUCUGGAAGAGCUCGUGAAGAAAGAGAGUAACGAGGUGUAG